UAAAGAUGGCAUUGGGAUAUCACCUACUAACCGGACUCAUAUUGGACAAAAAUUGUUGAGGAUUAUCAACGUGUCCUACGAUGACACGGGCCUGUACAGUUGUAAGACGAGGCACUCCCUCGAAAUGCUCAGGAACUUCACGGUGAGAGUAACUGAUCCUUUAUCAUCGGGUGAUGAUGAAGAUGAUGAUGACGAAUCUGAAGAUGGAGCUGCCCCUUACUGGACUCGUCGGGAGAGGAUGGAACGGAAACUUCUGGCGGUUCCCGCUGCCAACACGGUUCGCUUUCGGUGCCCGGCGGCCGGCAAUCCUCCCCCUUCCAUACAUUGGCUGAAAAACGGCAGAGAAUUUAAAGGAGAGCACCGGAUUGGGGGAAUCAAACUGCGGCAUCAACAGUGGAGUCUGGUCAUGGAGAGCGUGGUUCCAUCCGACCGAGGCAACUACACCUGCGUCGUACAGAAUAAAUAUGGCCGCAUCCAGCAUACGUACCAACUUGAUGUUCUUGAACGAUCACCCCAUCGUCCCAUCCUCCAGGCCGGACUGCCUGCCAACCAGACGGUGGUGGUUGGAAGUGACGUGGAAUUCCACUGCAAAGUGUACAGCGAUGCUCAGCCCCACAUCCAGUGGCUGAAACAUGUGGAGGUGAACGGCAGCAAAUAUGGACCGGAUGGGACUCCCUAUGUCACGGUCUUGAAGACAGCAGGUGUUAACACAACGGAUAAAGAGCUAGAAAUUCUGUACUUGCGCAAUGUUACUUUUGAUGACGCUGGGGAAUAUACUUGUCUUGCUGGGAAUUCUAUUGGGUAUACGCAUCAUUCUGCUUGGCUGACGAUAUUACCAGAAGAGCGGGUAGCGAUGGACGACUCCGGCUCUCUUUACGCAGGCAUCCUGAGCUACGGGACUGGUUUUGUUCUGUUCAUACUGGUGGCCGUGGUGGUGAUCAUUUAUAGGAUCAAAAGGCCCGCCAAAAAGGCCAUGAGCGCUGCCACCAUCCAAAAAGUCUCCAAAUUCCCACUCAAGAGACAGCAGGUGUCUUUGGAAUCCAACUCUUCCAUGAAUUCCAAUACUCCACUGGUCAGGGUCACCCGUCUGUCUUCCGGCGAUGGCCCGAUGCUGGCCCACGUUUCGGAGCUCGAACUGCCUGCCGAUCCCAAGUGGGAGUUGGCAAGGUCACGCCUGACGUUGGGGAAACCGCUGGGUGAAGGCUGUUUUGGUCAAGUGGUGAUGGCAGAAGCUAUUGGGAUCGAUAAAGAGAAAUCAAACAAGCCGAUAACCGUAGCUGUCAAGAUGCUGAAAGACGACGCCACGGAUAAAGACCUUUCCGACUUGGUCUCAGAAAUGGAAAUGAUGAAGAUGAUCGGCAAGCACAAGAAUAUCAUCAACCUGUUGGGCGCCUGCACCCAGGACGGCCCUCUCUAUGUGCUGGUGGAAUACGCAUCCAAGGGGAACCUACGGGAAUACCUGCGAGCUCGACGCCCUCCUGGCAUGGAUUACUCCUUCGAUACCUGCAAGCUGCCCAAAGAGCAGUUAACAUUUAAAGACCUGGUCUCUUGUGCGUACCAGGUGGCCCGCGGGAUGGAGUACCUGGCUUCUCAGAAAUGUAUCCAUCGAGACUUGGCAGCUCGCAAUGUCUUAGUCACCGAGGACAACGUCAUGAAAAUCGCUGACUUUGGUUUGGCUAGAGAUGUUCACAACAUCGAUUAUUACAAGAAAACGACCAAUGGUCGGCUGCCCGUGAAAUGGAUGGCACCAGAAGCAUUGUUUGAUCGGGUCUACACUCAUCAGAGCGAUGUAUGGUCUUUUGGAGUGCUGCUUUGGGAGAUCUUCACUUUAGGAGGGUCUCCCUACCCAGGAAUUCCAGUUGAAGAGCUAUUUAAACUCUUAAAGGAAGGUCACCGGAUGGACAAGCCAGCAAACUGUACCCAUGAUUUGUACAUGAUCAUGAGGGAAUGUUGGCAUGCAGUUCCUUCUCAGAGGCCGACUUUUAAGCAGCUAGUGGAGGACCUGGAUAGAAUCUUAAUAGUGACCUCAACUGAUGAGUACCUCGACCUGUCGGUGCCUUUUGAACAGUAUUCCCCGGUAGGCCAGGACACACCCAGUGCCUGCUCUUCAGGAGACGAUUCUGUCUUUGCGCAUGAUCUUCUGUCUGAUGAUCCCUGUCCUCCAAAACAGCAAGCCAAUGGCAUCAUCUUGACAUGAUGACGGGCGGACCUGGGGAAAAGAGACUCUGGAGUU